AUGUCGACAACAAUCGCCAAGCGCAAGCGUGCGAGGAAGGCAUGCAUUCCUUGUCAUCAGCGGAAGCGAAAAUGCGACAACGUAUAUCCUUGUGGCAUGUGCACCACCUACGGAUACAACUGUAGAUACACCGACGACAAUCCCACUGGUACACUGGACGGCGACGUACCUAUUCCGCCUCCAGCCAAGCGCGUCAGUCUCGACGGUCAAUGUCGUCUGACAAGUCAGGACGCCACAAACCGCAGUCCGAGAACCCGGUCUCAUAUGGAGCGAGGUUGCCGCGACGGCGACGGUUUGUUGACCAAGAGUCCGACCGUCGUUGCCGGUGCUUCCCCAGGCAUCUUCGACGAGCUGAAGUUCAGAUACUCCGGGGCAUCGGCGGCCAUGGCAUUCCCGCACAUCCUGGGUGUGGCUCUCGGUUCCGAUAGCCCUCCAAAAAUGCGGCCGUUCGCGUACAACUUCGGCAUUCGCCCCGAGGAGGCGUCUAAUGCCCACUCCUUUCUUGGAAAUAUCAUCUCGGAGGACGACCUUGGCGUUUUCUCGCAUGCCUUCUUCUCGGUAUUAGGCCCCAUCACCGACGUGAUGGACCGAAGAAUCUACGCCCAGCGAUGUCGGGAUUAUUACCGUACUUUGGGCAGCAAUGCGGUCGCCUUUGCCGCCGUGGCGGCUGGCGUUGCUGCUCUUGGAUCAUUCCUAUCUCCUAAGAGACAUCCGCGGGAGUCUGACCUGGUGCAAUACGCUAAAGCGAUCCUCGAUGACCCGGCGUCCAUGCGUUUGCAUGGCAUCGAUCAUAUCCUCGCAUGGGGCAUGCGAGUGCUUUACCUACGCGCAACAACCCGACCCAGCAAUGCUUGGAUCGCGUCGUGCACGCAAAUGCACCUCUGUGAAGCCAUAGGGCUCCAUGAGGAAGAGACCAUUAAGAAGAUUGCGUCCAUGGCUGGCGCCGCUGUGCUUGGACAGGAUGCGGACCGGCUGAGGAGAAUUUUCUGGAUCUCGUGGGCCGGGCAUAACAUGCUGUCCUAUGAGUACGAUCGUUCGCCGGUAGGAUUUCGAGCCGUGACUUGCCAGCCUAUCAUCUCGAUACCAGGCUCUGUUGCCGAUCAGUUCGUACAACUGAUCCAGAUCAUUCCGUCACCCAAUUCGCCGUUCCAGCUCGAACUGCAGCCUCCAAAUCCGAGUGGGGGGCUGUUUGAGCGUCUCACGGCGCUGCACGAGCUCCAAGUUGCCCACCCGUUCCUAGUGGUGACGAAGGCGGACAUUGCAUUCUGCUUCUAUCGACGACUUUACCAGCUCAAGGCCCACAUACCGGAUGAUAUCAUCCGGUUCGUCAUUGAUAGCGGCGACGCCGCAGUGGAGGCGGCCGAGCAGCAAGCUAGCCAGGGUCGUCUGUUCUGGAAUGUCAUCGGCAGCGUCUUCCAGUAUACCUGCAUCCUGCUGGCCAUUGACACGCCCGCGGCCACCGCCCACAUCGGCGCCGCAUUCACGGGCUUGGAGAACCUUGUCCAGGCGGCCGAUACAGCACUGACGCGCGAGGCGUUGUCGAUAGCGCGGCACCUACUAAGCCUUCAUACGGCAAAGAAGCGAAAAGAACUUGCUCAACUAGAGGCUGUCGAGGCGGGCUAUGAAUUCUCUCAGGCACUGCCCGUGUCCGAGGCUAACACUGCAGUGCCAGAUAUAGAUUGGUCAGUGGACUGGGAUCAAUUUUUUAUUGAGCCAUAUAUAUCGAUGCUCGGCCCUGACGUCCAGCUCUAG